ACCAAAACGUACAUCACAUCACUAAGAACCAAAACAUUGACCAACAUAACAACACAAUUAAAUUAAGGUUCUUGAAGAAUAAUAAUAAAACAACCUGCAACCAAGUAUCGUUAAUGUGUCAGCGGCUAACCUUUCUGACCGAGAAGUAUCCGUGCAGUACUUUUUCGUUCUAUCGAGCAAACAUCGAUGAACGGUUACUGUCAGCUGUUGGCUAAAAAAGAUUUGAAAACGACAACAUACAUAUGUAAAUAAUUUCAUCAGAAAUCGUGUUAAAUCACAAAAUAUCUUUUGACAUAAAAUUAUUUGCAAUGGAGAGGCUAAAUGACGAUUGCGUAUGCAAUAUAUUGGAGUUUCUACCCCUCGUGGAGCAAAUAAAGAUGGCCCGACUGGCGCCACGGUUCCAGGAGCUUCUCUGCCUUAUUGUGUGGCGAAAACCACGCUACCGGAAGGUUUCCGUAUCCGACUCAAUUCUGGAGCCACUUAGUAAAGAGGACUACGUAUAUUUCUUCGAGCUGACAAGUCCGGCAAUGGAGGAACUAUACAUUUGGAACGUGCACAAGAAGGCCUUUGAUUCGUACUUGGGUCGACAUCUGAAAAGACCGGAAUUGGCCUUCUACCUUCGCAGAGAUUAUAGUAAUCUGCGGGAACUAUGCAUAGCGGAUGAGAGUAUGAAUAACGGCAUGAUCAGCACAAUAGCCAAAAGCUGUCGCCAGUUGCGCAGUUUGAGUGUUUCCAGUGCCUAUAUUACUGGUAAACACAUCAGUAGUCUAUCCAAUCUAGAAUCGUUGGUUGCGCCCGAGUGCUCUGUCGAACUCUCGUACUUGGCAGAGUUGCUGGAUCAGCUGGCCCUUAAGCACUUGGACCUUACCUCAAAUCGACAUCCUGUGGAGUCGACCAUUCUGCGGGCAGAAGGCAGCAAACGACUGGAACGCCUCGGACUAUCCGAUGCCCAGGCCUAUGGCUUUCCGCUAGCAGAGAGCCUGCCUCAAUUGACCACGCUGGUGGUUAGCUACCACAAGGUUAGCCCACAGGAUCAACUAGCCAUGCUGGAGUCCACACGCAAUCUUGUUGAACGAUCCUCGCGGAAGUUUCCUAGCCGCUUGCAGUCGAUCUUGUGCAAUGUGGUGGAUGUGGAAGUGGCCCUCGAGCAGAUUGCGGGUCUUGAGAAACGGCAUCCCAGGGACACACCAAAGUUCAACGAACUGCUAAAGAUCAUGUAUUUCUUGUCUGAUCCGCAGGACGGAGAUAAGAAAUAACCUUGAGAUCGCCCAAAAUCAUCAACGGACCUGCCUCCAUGCUUGCCCUUGUAAGUCAGUAAAUAGGUACUAGACGUCACCCAGGUGACAGUGGAACUGAUAUGCUUAUCUGCUACUAGAUGCUCCCUAGGGUAAUUAUGUGCCUCAGCAGAUAACGCUGUUCGUUUGGGUACUAUUUUGUUUACCAAUAAGAUUUCGGCGUCAUGCUCAAACAAUUUGAUCAGUUUUGAAACCUACACCAAAAUUAUGUGUUUGCUCUACCCUUGCGAGGGGUACUACUCUUUUGAAAUACCAAGUAUUUUGGAAAAAAAUUGUAUUUUCCUGGUAAUGAUGAUUAAUUUGUAGAUAAAUUGCACGAAGUAUUAACUUAUUUUUAUAACAUGUUGAAUUUA